GUUUGCUAUUGAACAAGUGCUUUUAUGCUGUCACUUUAUAACAUGAUUAUGUUUUGUUUUUAACACUUUGUUGCAAUAUGUUUAACAUUAUCGUGACGAUCUUUUCUUCCAUGCUAACAAUUACUAGCUGCAACACCUUGCUAGUUGACGAUAAUCGUGAAAAGAGAAGUCUAUCAGAAAACCUUGUUGUUGGUAUGGAUUAUUUGGGAAAGCCUCGAAUCGUGUGUCAUUGUUACGGUGAAGAAAUGCAAAAUUUGAUAUCAAAAAACAUGGCCAUGAAUCGACGAAGUUUCAUCGUAAAGGUGAACGUUGAUUCCACAAAGAACUCUGGAAUUCGUGAAAAACGAACGGUUGUGAACAACGCGGAACUUAUAUAUGCACCCGUCUGUUGCAAGAUCAAUUUGUCAAAUAAAAAAUCGUUUUACAGUUAUCCGUUCUCAGUAAACCUUGUUGCACUCAACUAUACGGAUGAUCUAAAAGAUGGUCACAGUGAAGCAAGCCAGGAAUUGAGCACAAUCCUUGUUGCUGGGUUAAAAACAGUUCUUGCGAAGGAAAAAAGCGUCGUUUCAAUUGGAGUUGAUAAGUUUAGCAAUAUCAGCGGUAGUGUGUUGGCCAAUAUCUAUCUAACAAUCCAUGGGAUGAUAACGCAAAGCAUUGUGGACACAUUAAAGGCAACAAUUUCAUCAGGAAAUCUUGGUGGUAUAGAGGUUCGCAUUGUACCAGUUCCAUUUCUCCUUCGCCAACAAUCUCUGCCAUUUCCGAGAGCGGAAGUACAAAAACCACAGCAGCGUUUUCAACUUCCUUCAUCAUCUCAACAACUUCAGAAAUACAGACAAAGAGUUCUUCACUCAUGUCCAGCUCAACAUCUUUAUCACCUACAUCGACAUUCAUCGUUGUUUCGACAUCAGCCAUUGUACCGAUCUUCUGUCCAGCGAUUUGUGUUGAUACAACUUUAUGUCAACCUUCAUGUCCUGCCAACUGUUGUGCUCCCUCUGUAUCUGUUUGUCAGCAGCCAUCAUGUCCAACCGCAUGUGCUCCAGGCUGCACUGACGCUUGCUGUUCAAUUGGGCAGAGAAGAGUUCGUCAAAAGUAUUAAUUAUUGGGUUUAAUUUAUUUUAAAUGUAGAGCUCAUAUAGUAGUUUUUAUGACAGUAAACUCUUCGUAACUUAACUGUUCUUCAUUGAGUUGACAAGAUGUCAAUUGAAAUACACUUAAAAACAGAACCUUAAACAUUGUUAAAUCUGUUUGUCGUUGUCAGUAAGUUCAUAUUGCUCAAAAAAAGAAUAGUCAUAUAUAAAGGGAACGUAAUAAAUUAUGUUUAGCUAACAACUUGAUAUACGUAGCGUUAAAAAAUCAACAUGAAAUUCAAGAUAGAACUAA